AUGGCCUCGACAGAACCGCCAGUGUUUGGCCCGGUGGGUAAGGAGGGCGAUGUCGAUGGCUUCGCCAUAGCUGCAAUCGAUUGGGAGGCGGGCGUGUUGGACACUCUGGAAGCGAAGCUGAAGCGAUUGCUUCCCGCAGCAGGAGGAGAAGAAGCGCCCAUAGAAGAAACCAUCGCCGGGGCAACCGCCGCCACCCCCGCGGAGACAGAGAGAGCGCAGCUCAUGGAAGAAAUCGAUAGGCUUGGCGAGGAAAAGGAGCAGCUCAGGGAGAAGAAGCUCGCCCUGCUGCGGCAGCAGCAAUCUCCAAAGAGCUCAGGCGCUGGUGUGGCUGUGGAGGAUUUGACGAUCGAAGAUGCUGGAGACGAGAAUAAGAUGCGACUGGACGAGGGUGUUUCGACCGAGAGCAGUGGGGAGCCUCGAGUGGUUGUGGACUAUCUCCGCUUUCCGGCUGCAGGGGUGGAGGCGGAGGCUUCGACGUUCGUGCUGCCGGAUCCCCCGUCCCCGUGCGCGGCGGCGGUGGGGGCGGCGGUGCUCGAAUCUUUGAUGACUUCUAGGCCCUCGAUGGACUCCCUCCCCGGGCUGAUCUCGCCGUCGGAAGAAGAGAUGCUCGCCGCGUUCUCUUACGACGACUUCUCCCCCUCCCCGUACACCACGAGUUCUCCCCCGGCGUCGCCCCCUUCCCCUGCCCACGCCGACGAUGCCGCGGAAGCAGGCGAAGACCCGUGGCCAGAUUGUGACGGGAAUGGCAUGGACUCCCCACCUCUGAAAGGGGACACGACAUCGGUGGACGCUGCUACGGAAGCAGGAUCUUCGAUCUCGUCGUCAUCAGUGUCCGACAACGAGUUGGACCACGUGCUACCCGCCUUUGGCCUUCCCCCGUCGCCGGCUUCUGCAAGGGGAUCGUCUCCAGAUGAAACAGUUGCAUAG